AUGGCCCUCCCAGACGCUAUCGCGCGCGACGUCGCCAGUGCGAUCGGCCACCUCACGCUGCUCUCCGAGCUCGUCGUGCGACAAGCCGAGCUAUCGGACGCCGGGCUGUCGGCGUUGGCGAGCGCGUUGAGCCGAGACGAGAGCUGCGGUCGGUACCUCACGCACCUCGUCCUCGGCAGCAAUGCUCUCACGUCGCUCUCCCCCGUCGUGUCGGCCUUGCCCAAGCUGCCGGUGCUGCGGUAUUUGGACGUGCAGGACAAUAAGAUUGGCGCCGUUCACAUGGCGUCGUUGGAGGCGGCGUUGUGUGUCCACCCGACGCUGCACGUGCUCGAUAUUUCGAGGAAUGGUCUCGGCACGGAUGGUGCCGUGACGCUGCUCAUGGGCGCGGCCACCAAGCCGCGACUCCACGUCAACGCGGCCGACAAUGGCAUCGACGUUGACGCGAUCUAUGCAGCGCAUUGCGAGCUCAAGAAGCACCGCGACCGACUCAUGAUCGAGGCGACGGCGCUGUGGAACCUUCCAAAUCCGUUUGAAUAUAGUGUGUAG